AUGGCGAACUUCAUGGAUAACAGCCAACUCGAUGCUUUUGAACUAUUCCACCUCGUACAGGAAGAGGAUGCUUCCCACCUCUCUUCACGACCACGAAGAUCCCAUGCCCUGGAGGCCCUAGGCCACGCCCUUUCGGGCUCCUUUGGCGCCGCCAUUUCCAAUGCGGCGCUAUACCCAGUUGACCUCAUAAUAACUCGCCUCCAGAUACAGCGGCAACUCCGCAAAGACCAGUCAUCCCCUGGCCAGGAGGAGUAUAAAGGCUUCUUCGACGGCCUGCAGAAGAUUUACCAUGAUGAGGGAGGGAUAGCGGGGUUAUAUACAGGACUGCUGCAAGACACGGGAAAGACGAUGGCGGAUUCUUUUUUGUUCUUUUUGAUCUAUUCCUUUCUAAGAGAUCGGCGGAUCGCGCGGCAUGCGAAGUUCAAGGGCGGCAAGAAAGUCAGUCUGCCGGCGCUGGAAGAGUUGGGUGUUGGGUUCAUUGCCGGGAGUUUCACGAAGUUGGCAACGACUCCAAUCGCGAAUAUUGUCACAAGGAAACAGGCUGCUGCGUUGAUCAAGGCUUCGGAGGGAGGACCGGAAGAGUCUUCUAUGAUGACAACGACGAAGACGCCCACAGCCCAAGAGAUCGCCAAAGACAUCCUCUCGGAAAAGGGCCCUAUGGGAUUUUGGUCCGGCUACUCGGCGAGCCUGGUCCUCACACUGAACCCAACAAUUACGUUCUUCCUAUUUGAAACGCUCAAGAAGAUUCUGCUACAGAGCGAUAAAAGGCACAACCCACCCCCGAGCCUCACAUUCUUACUUUCCGCUUUCAGCAAAGCUUGUGCAUCGUCAAUCACAUACCCUUUCAGCCUCGCGAAAUCGCGGCUACAAGCAGGUGGGACUUCCACGCAGCGGGAGGAUCAGGACGAAAAAGAAAUUAUGAGUGAAGACUUCAAACACGAAGAAAUGAGAAAAGCCGCGCGGGCCACGAUCUUCAGCACACUCCUCACCAUUGCACAGACUGAAGGUGUUAGCGCUCUUUACGAGGGAUUACACGUUGAGGUGCUAAGGGCCUUCUUCUCCCAUGGAAUCACCAUGCUUGUGAAGCAGGUCAUCCAACGCUUCCUCGUCAAGGCCUACUUCCUCGUCUCCAUCAUCCUCGGACGCUACAAGAAGCGUCGUAGCGCAAGUGCAAAACGUCUGGCAGAGAAAGCAAAAGCCAGCGUCGAGUACUACAAUCUUGCAAUGGCGCGGGCGUCCGAGAAGCUUGAGGAAGCGGCAGAGAAAGUAAAGGAAAGCGUGGGGGGAAAAGCGAACGAGACAGCAGAAUUUGUGGGAGAGUAUGUGGAGGAGGAUUCCGAGUUAGGGGAGAAGUGGAAGGAGCUGUAUGGAACAACAGGGUUGGCUCGGUGGUUCGACAAGGUGAGUGAUGAGAGAUGA